AUGACGACUGUGAUUGAGAUAGUUGUGUUGAACAGCAUCUGGGCACAUAAUGACCACUUGAACGUGUUGUCUACCAGUGUCCCCUCUCCUUCCCCCGCAGGUUGCCUCCCGGGGUACCACGAGCGGCGGUUGCUGAACGAUCUGCUCAAGGACUACAACAAGCUAGAAAGACCCACCGCCAACGAGUCCUCAGCCAUCGUGGUCAAGCUGGGUCUCACGCUGCAACAAAUCAUUAAUGUGGACGAGAAGAACCAGAUCCUAACAACAAACGUCUGGUUGAAUUUCGAGUGGACGGAUCACAACCUGGUGUGGAAUGAGUCUGAGUACGGCGGCGUCGCGGACCUGAGGAUACAUCCCAAGUACCUCUGGACUCCCGACGUACUCAUGUACAACAGCGCUGACGAGGGCUUCUCCAGCACCUACCCGACGAACGUGGUAGUGGCGAGCACCGGCCUCUGCACGCACAUCCCUCCCGGCAUCUUCUUCUCCACCUGCCGGAUUGACAUCACCUGGUAUCCCUUUGACGACCAGAAAUGCAAGAUGAAAUUCGGAUCAUGGACGUACGAUUCGGCCAAGAUCGACCUGCAGCUCAACAACGAGCAGGGAGGCGACAUCAGCGGCUACAUCACCAACGGGGAGUGGGACCUUAUAGCGGUGCCCGGCAAGCGGAACACCCUCACCUACACCUGCUGCCCCGAGGUGUACGUGGACGUCACCUUCCAGAUCCACAUAAGACGCAGGACGCUCUACUACUUCAGCAACCUCAUCAUGCCCUGCGUCCUCAUCUCGUCCAUGGCCUUGCUGGGGUUCACUCUACCCCCCGACUCUGGGGAGAAGCUCACAUUAGGCGUCACCAUUCUGCUCUCGCUAACUGUUUUCCUAAACAUAGUGACUGAAAAUAUUCCGGAGACAUCCGAUGCCGUUCCACUUAUAUCCACGUACUUCAACUGCAUCAUGUUCAUGGUAGCGUCGUCUGUGGUGCUCACCGUCGUGGUUCUCAACUACCACCACCGCACGCCCAGCACCCAUACCAUGCCGAACUGGAUCCGGUGCGUGCUGCUGCAGUGGCUGCCUUGGAUCCUGCGCAUGGACCGUCCGGGUAAGAAGAUCACGCGCAAGACCAUCAUGAUGAACAACAAGAUGCGGGAGCUGGAGUUGAAGGAACGCUCGUCCAAGUCGCUGCUGGCCAACGUGCUGGACAUUGAUGACGACAUCCGGCAGAUCCAGGCGAUGGGCAGCGGAACGCCCUCCCACAACGGGGGGUAUCCGCGCCUCGUGGGCAGGUCCUACGAGGAGGGGGGACCCAUCGUCACGCCUCACACCUCGUUCUGCUUCAACAAGACCAGGGAGCUUCAGAACAUCCUGCGCGAGCUUCGGUACAUCACCAACAAGAUGAGGUGCGACGAGGAGGUCCACGAGAUCGAAGUGGACUGGAAAUUCGCGGCCAUGGUGGUGGACCGGUUUUGCCUCAUCACCUUCACCACGUACACCGUCAUCUCCACCGUCGUCGUCAUCCUCUCGGCGCCACAUAUCAUUUCAUAGGCAUAAGACGGUAUACAUAAAUAAAUAAAUAAAUAAAAAUGAUGUUAUGAUAUAUAAUGUUGUAAUAGGCAAAAUGACUUUUCUAAUUAGGAAAAAAAUUAUUUUGAUACCAAGUCAAUAAUAACAUUAGAGAAAUCAGAUCUAAUUUUGCCUUUAUUGUGCGUUGAAGGGUUACGUUUUCCCACGAACGGUAGACGGAACGUCCGACGCAGCCGCCGCACGCAAUUAGUAAGACUGAGGGAGGAAUCACGCACUCAACGCUGCACGCAAACUCGUUCCGUUGACAGACGCGCCGCCCAUCAGACACCGUAUUCAUCACUACAAAAAAAUAAAUAAAUAUACGCAAAUUGAAUGAUGUCCACACCAUACGGUAGAUAGUGAAAGACAAAUGUUAUAACGAUAAACUUGCGCAGAAUAAUAACCAAAGGCUAAAACGUAGGAAUCGCGUUGUCUUGUGAGUGACCAGCGGUGAGAAGGUGCGGUCACGAGCCAAAGGAUUGCCAAAAAAAGAUGAAACUACGGACAGGCAGCGUACGGACGGA